CUGGGCCAGACUUUGACUUCUUCAAAGAGCAUGUAAUCGGGGUUGUGAAAUGUUCUAAUACCUUCUUGAGUUUCUGACAGGCGAAUAGAAUCAGAGAAAAUGUCAUCCGAUUCCAAUGCAAGGCGUAAAGAUGUCGUUGUUAUUGGUGCCGGAAUUUCUGGUCUUGUCGCGGCCAAAUGUCUAAGAGAAGACGGCUUUAAUGUGAUUAUUUUAGAACGGACAGGAGAAGUUGGUGGUCUGUGGACAUACAGGGAACAUGAUUAUGGUGUGAUGAGGUUUACUCACAUAAAUGUUUCAAAGCAUAAUUACUGUUUUUCGGAUUACCCAUUUCCAGAUGAUGCUGCAGACUUCCCACACAACAAAGAUAUGGCCAAAUAUAUUUAUGACUACACAACACAUUUUAAACUUGAAGAAGUCAUUCAAUUUAAUACAAAGGUGUUGUCAGUUGAAAGAAUGGGUGAAGAUUGGCAGAUAACUACAUGUAGAAUGGAAGAAGACGGUAAAACUGGAAAAGAAACGGACGAAAAACAGGUUUUUAUUGCAAAAAAUGUUGCCAUAGCAAGCGGGCAUCAUGCUAUUCCUACAGUUGCCAAAUUUAGAGGUCAAGAAACAUUCAAAGGGGAGAUAAUUCAUUCCGUUGAUUAUAAGGAUGUUAUAACCAAUAGUUUUACUGGUAAAAGAGUACUGGUGGUUGGUAUUGGUAACAGUGCCGUAGACGCGGCAACAAACUGUGCAGCCGCAGGCAGAUGUAAGUCAGUGUAUGUUAGUACAAGAUCAGGGGCCUGGAUUGUUCCAAACUACGUUUUUGGUCAUCCAGUAGAUGUGUAUGCUUGUCGGGCAUUCUUUAUGUUACCAUGGCGCUGGGCUAAUUUUGUGUUUGAAAAUGUUAUAAAGCUUAUCUCAGGAAAUCCCAAAAGGUGGGGCUUAAAUCCUAAAAUGGGUGCCUUACAAACUCAGCCUACUGUUAGCCCAACUAUAAUACAUCACAUACAGAGAAAAGAUAUCAAAAUAGUUCCUAAUAUACUGAGAAUAGAGGGAGAAAGAGUAGAAUUUAUAAAUGGUGAAUCAGCUGAGUUUGAUGUUAUUAUAUUAUGUACAGGAUAUAAAAUAGGUCUUCCAUUCCUUCAUCAAGAUAUACAGAAUCAAGUUCUAGAAGAUAAUUCAAAUUCAUUAAAGUUAUACAAGAAUGCCUUUAAUCCAGAAAUAGGAUCGUCAUUAGCAUUUAUAGGAUUUGUUCAACCAGCGUCAGGUGGGAUCCUUACCAUGUCAGAGAUACAGUCAAGAUGGUUUUCACAGUUAUGUAAAGGAACCGUCAAACUACCUUCGAAACAACAAAUGCUAGAUAACAUCAAAGAAGAAAGGAAUAAUGUGACUGAGAGAUAUUAUAAAUCCGAUCGGCACACCAUUCAACGAGAUCCAAUCACAUAUAAUGAUGAAAUAGCUGCCUUGAUUGGGGCAAAACCGGAAUUGUGGAAGCAUCCCUGGUUAGCCUGGAGGUUGAUGUUUUCGUCGUGUGGAGCGUAUCAAUGGCGACUACAAGGACCCAAUAAAUGGUCUGGUGCAGAGGAAGCUGUUCGUAAAGUUCCUUUAACAGAAAUGAUGAAUUAUUCAGCCAUAGCCUUGUUUGCUGUUCUUGGAUUCAUUAUCUUAUAUUUAUUAAGAUUUUUAUUUAAAGUUGCCGAUUUUUUGUUUUAAAGAAAAAAGGAGUAAAACACUUCACAUUAUGACGAUCUACAUCUUACUCUAGUCCCUAAACAAAAUUUGAAUGCAUUAUGCAAUGGCUAAAUCUGCUUAUUGCAGGUCUUUCUGUUGGCUUCAAAUGCUAUAUAAACUAUUAUUGAGACAUUUAUUCACAUGACAAGCCUAUAAUCGCCAUUUAAUAAUUUAAUUUACAAAUGGAUAAUCUAGACUUCAUCUCGAUUGCCAAGUACUGUUGAUUUUUUUUGUUUUAAAGAAGUAAAAAACUUUUACAUUUCCUAUAAACUUAAAACCUCAAAUUCUUAUGAUAUGUGGCAACCAAAAUGUCACUUGUUAAUCAGUUAUGGCAAAAUAAACAAAAGACCUAAUAAUUAUUACGAAGCUCAAGUUAUAAUCCAAUCUGAACGUACUGGACUAAAGAGACAAUCUUCCACAGAUGUUAUCUAUUACCAGGGGCGUACAUAAAGAUUUUGUUUGGGGGGGUGUUAAGCAAAAAUGCGACAGAUUGAUACACAUGUCCCUACUACGAGUGACGCAGUCAGGGGCCGAGCACCACAGGUGAUAGUUUUCUAGGGGCCAGUAGCUGAUCUGGAAGCUGGCUAUAACACUAGGCGUCCCGGUAGAACAUAGAUCGUAUUGCCUAUAGUUGUGAACCUUAGGGGCAGUGGCUAUAACACUGAGCAACCUGAUAAAAUUUUGAAAAAUUAAACCAAUAUCCUGGCACUUGAGGUCAUUGCUGGGAGCAAAUUCUUGUGAACAAGAGAAGCAGAAAUAGGAGUCAGUGGGACAGAAUCUCAAAAUCUGCCCCUGUCAAUUCCACCUGUUUUGCCAGAGCAUUUGUACAGUCUGAUGACCCACACACCGGUGAUACUACUAACUGGGCAGUUCACUAUAACCGUGAAUAUGACAGGGUAGUGGAAGAAUGAUGCCAUAAUGGAAUCUAGCAGCGCAGGCGUGAAAAAAAUUCAGAUAUGUAACUGACCUUUUAAUUUUUGGGGACUGGGCCUGAAAAAUUAUAGUCAAUGUCAUGACAAAUGGGAUCAAAUUCUCCUUAACGAGAGGAUAAGAAAUGCGACAGAAUCUUGAGGCCCGUCCGUCAACUUCGCCUGUUUUGUGAGAGUAGAAAGAACAAUUUUACACAUUAGAAAUGAGCGGUGUAGGCGCGAAAAAAUUUUAGAUUAUGUAAUGAGCUUUUAAUGAAUUUUAAUUAACAGGAGUUGAUUUCAAACACACAGGUAAGUUUAUAAUAACCAAAGUUAAGUAGUUUGAUCAUAAUCGAAGAAAUCCGUUUAAAAUUUACGAUGGUUCAGACAGUAAGUUAUUAUAUACUAGGCCUAUACCGUUGCAAUUUAGGUGCACGCAUUCACACAAAAUUUUUCCCUUCUGUUUCAGGCGUGGAUCCAUGCAGAGGGGGGGUCCAGGGGGUCCGGACCCCCCCCCCCCCGGUCAGGCUUGAAAAUUUGAAGGGUUAGGGUAACUUAAAUCUAAAAGCCUGAAUCUGAUCCAAAAAUUGCGAGUUUGUAUACAUUGAGUUGAGUCAUGACUUUCAUUCCAUUGUGGGCAAAAACAAAUAGUCACAAACAGCUCUGGCAAUUAGCAAAAAACGUUGACAGCAUAAAUUGCCGUCGGGACCAAUUGACCGCACGGCAAAUCGCCUAUUGACGACGGCAAUUUUUUAAUACCGUACUGUAUGAAAAAAUAAGUUUAUUGAAAUUUAAAGAGUUUUAU